CUACUCUCUUUCUUUACUUACACUCUGUACAAUCCAGACAACAUCCUACUUCUCAGUUCACGUAUUUGACAGCUUCUACUGCUAGCUACGCCUCAUAGUCUCUCUUUUUAGUCUGGUUUUCAUCGUGUAGCAUACCCUUUCUUUCGUUCAUCAAGUAACGGCCGUCUAAGUCUCCCCACGUCAACAAGCCUGGCCGCUCGUUCAUUCACUCUUUCAUUUACACUUCCGCCCCAUUUCUCUGCCUGCUAGUCUAAACAUACAUCGCCAUCAUGUCCAUUGAUAACUAUACCAAGCUUGAAAAAGUCGGUGAAGGUACGUAUGGAGUGGUGUACAAAGCUCGGGAUAUACACGGGAACUUUGUCGCUUUGAAGAAGAUCAGAUUGGAGGCGGAGGAUGAGGGAGUACCUAGUACUUCUAUAAGAGAGAUUAGUUUGUUGAAAGAGCUGAGUCAGGAUGAUAACAUCGUGAAACUUCUCGACAUUGUUCAUUCCGAGGCGAAACUCUACCUGGUCUUCGAAUUCCUCGACCUUGACUUGAAGAAGUAUAUGGACACUAUCGGCGACAAAGAUGGUCUUGGGCCAGCUAUGGUCAAGAAAUUCACAUGGCAACUUAUCAAAGGAUUAUACUACUGCCACGCCCAUCGUAUCCUUCAUCGCGAUCUCAAACCUCAAAAUCUUCUCAUCAAUAAAGAAGGCAAUCUCAAAAUUGCCGACUUCGGUCUCGCAAGAGCAUUCGGAAUUCCCCUUCGUACAUACACCCAUGAGGUGGUGACGCUUUGGUAUCGCGCACCGGAAGUGUUGCUCGGAUCACGUCAUUACUCGACGGCUAUCGAUAUGUGGUCGGUAGGAUGUAUUUUCGCGGAGAUGGCGAUGCGACAACCUCUCUUCCCUGGUGAUUCGGAGAUUGAUGAGAUUUUCAGGAUUUUCCGAAUCUUGGGUACACCCAAUGACGAUAUUUGGCCUGGAGUUCAAUCGUUACCAGAUUACAAACCUACUUUCCCACAAUGGCACUCUCAAGAUCUUUCGACCAUGGUCAGAGGGUUGGAUGAACAUGGUAUCGAUCUUUUGAAUCUCACUUUGAUUUAUGAUCCCGCGCAUAGGAUUUCAGCCAAACGAGCCCUGCAGCAUCCAUACUUUACCCUCUCUGGCAUGGUGGCAUAGGUCUCCAUUGAGCGGGGUAAGUGAAGGGCUGGGUGCUGAAUGAAUGAUGGACGCAGUGGUCAGAGUCAGAUGAUACGGUAGUCUCGGUGUGACGAUAGUUUCUUACAGUUUCAUGUCAUUGGCAUUGAUGAUUG